GGGCGCUGAGGCUGCUGGCGGAGGACAGCCUCAACUCCCUGGAGCACUACUCCAGCGGCCAGGUGGCACUGGCCGCCUCCUGCUUCGCACGACUGGGUUUCCAUCCGGGCAGGGGCUGGGUGGAGACAAUGGUGGAGGCCAGCCUGGGUCGGCUGUCCCGCUGGCGCCCCGGGGACCUGGCCUUCACGCUGUGGGCGCUGACCAAGUGGGGGGUCAGUCCCCCCACCGCCUGGAUGGAGGAGUUCUAUGUGGCGUUCCAGAGCCGCGGCGAGUCGCUGAGCGAGUGGCACCUGGCGCUGGUGUGUUGGUCGCUGGGGGCGGGGGCGCUGCGGGGGGGGCCCCGCCCGCCGCCCGCAUUCAGCCGCCACGUCAUGCUGGAGGCGCAGGUUCGCUUCCCCACCCUGAGCAGCCGCGCGCUGGCCCACCUGUGCUGGGGGCUGGCCUGCUGCGAGGUGCGACCGCCCGACUUCUGGAUUCGCG